UACUAAACGUUCGAAUAACGUCGCACAAGGGAUGUGAAAAGUGUUUUUUUUUACAAUCUGCGAGUAACUGGCCUGUAGGUGUGCUUUUUUUUUUCAGUUGCAUCUCGUUGGAUGCGUAGAGCACUCAGCUGUAGUACGGGUAUGUGACGGAAAAUGUUUCGAUGGUAAAGAUUCGCGCACCAAAUUUUCAGCCGAAACACGAGCUGUCAUCCGUUUCGAUAUCAAAACGGUCCUUUUAACACAUACAUUGACGGGAAAAGAAGCAACUUAUGAUGGGGAUAAUAACGCUCGUAAUAUCCCACGUCAAAAUUAUCGCGAUCGUUUAAUCGACGCUGGGAUUAAGGAAUUUGUGCAGACUGUUCAGGAAACGGGAGUUCAGAGCUGACGUUUCAUCAAAAUGGGAAAUUGUUUAAAACGUGUCGGAAGCAGUCAACAGGACAAUACCACUUUGUUGAGUAACAAUCCUGAUCCUAUGUUGACUAGUGGAUCAUCGCAAGAAGGCCUUGGACCUCCGAUACCCUACAAUGAAGUAGUGGGCUCUUAUUAUCCGUCAAUUGCUACCAGAGAACGUUAUUUGCAAUCUAUGAAUUUAAGCGUCGCUCGUGGAAUCGGUGUUGGCGUUAAUUUAGGACCAAACAGUGGAUCCGGUACACUUAGCGAAGAAGAACAGCAAGUAAGAAUUGCAAAACGCAUAGGACUUAUCCAGCAUUUACCUAUGAGAGAAUACGAUGGAGCUAAGAAAGGAGAGUGCGUGAUUUGCAUGAUGGAGCUCCAAGUGGGAGAAGAAGUGCGUUAUCUACCCUGUAUGCACACUUAUCAUGCUGUCUGCAUCGACGAUUGGUUGCUACGUUCCCUGACGUGUCCAUCGUGUAUGGAACCGGUAGAUGCAGCAUUAAUUAGUUCGUAUCAUCCAACUACUUAACGCUGUAAACAUGGAAACUGGAGUAGCUAAUCGGUAAUCAAACUAUAUUAUUAUGCUACACAGAGCCUCCGGAACGAAUCAUUAAUUUUAUUAUUGCAUAUAAUGGCUUCUAACUAGCAAAGGAGCCUCCUGAUGUUAACGGCCGAUUGUAUUUGCCAUUGUAUUCAAUGUAUUCGCUCGCGGGCUGAGUAAUAAUAAUACUUGUAUCAUACAAAAUUGCAAAUGUCUUCAGCAUAGGUCGUUCCCUCUUACAGGGUAAUGUUCUCCACAUGGAUCAUUGAAAAACAAAAAAAUAAAAAUAAAAAUAAGCUGUAUUUAUGAUCAAAAAGGAACGGUAAUAGUGCGAUUAGUUUUCUGCAAGAUCUAAAGUAGCUUUCUUUUCGUACAGUUGUGAAAGAUAUUCUAUUUUGUGCUCGAAUAAACGGAGCGAUCGAGUGAUGUAACAUCGUGUUGCUAAACAUAUUUUAAGUUGAAUAAAGUAGUAUCAACUUCACUUUGGUGGUUUGGUCAUGCGAUGACAGUCAACUGUAUGCAUUGUGAAUAUCAUGAGCAAUACGAUGUAUCACAGAAUAUCAUACUAUGUAUAUUUUUAACUAUACGGUUGCAACCGUUUCAUAUUUCCAAGAUAUUGAAAACAAUAUUUUCAGAUUAUAUCUUAUGACUUUAUAAAAUCAAUCUUGUUGUUUUUAAAUACAUUGUCUCUUGUUUAAUAUAUGGGUAAUCCUUCUCUAUAGAAUGGGACAUGAUCCUUUAACGUAUAAUCGACAAAGUUGUAAAACAAUAACAUUGGCAUUUUCUUUUUGUCAUUUAUAUUCUGAAUUACUUUGUGUGAAAAAAAAAGCAACGGGCUGUUUGUAAUCGUACCUUUAUGUUAUGUUAUGUAUUUUUUACCAGAUAUUAUAUGUAUAUUCUUUUUAUAUAUACUACAUUGUAUUUCUAGUAUUGAAAGUUUUACCAGCGUUAAUUGAGUUCAGCAGGAUACAUGUGAACACUAUAAACAUUACAUAUAUACCUACAUAAAUACAUAAAAUAUAUAUAUAUGUUGCGUUGUUAGCGCUUUCACGUUGUAAGCAGGAACAAUGCAAUUAUUACAGUCACUAAUUCUAUGGAUUUAUUAGGCGUAUCUUAUGUUAAUCUUUAAUUAUUGACUUUACCAUUAGUAAUGAUUAUUUAUCGCAAUAAAUAUCUACGCGUAAGAGACUCGAUCUUUAUUUUUGUAAAAAUAUUUAAAGCAGGAUACGUAUCUUCGGCUUGCCUCCAAUUCUACUACUAAAUUUUAAUAUGAUUAGGUCGAAUAAAACGAAAUCUCUGAAACGAUUUAAGAUCAGCCUCUAAUUCGAUAGAAUCGUUUACAAAAGACAAAUUUUCACAUGAACGUAGAGCUCGUAAAUACAAUUUUUCUGAUAGUUAAGGUAAUUAGCCUGUAACUAUUACUGUUGUUUUUCACUAUACAUUGUUUAAAAAAUAUUUAAUGAUUCGAUGGAUUUUGUGUAACGAAUGUGUAAUAUUUUCUGUCAGAUCGAAAAUAACUUUAAUGUUUUAUGAAAGCUUCACGUAUAUAAUGUUACUGAUUUGUUUAAAAGGACAAAUGAUGCUGUGAAAUAGUGAUUUAUUGACAAAAUAUAAAUAUACAUAUAUAUAGUGAUUUAAUACAAAUAUAAAUAUUUAGUAACAA